AGUCAUUCCCUGGCAGUAGUCAGUUCCACGCCGGCUGACAGACACCUCGCACCUACUGUAGUGCCUUCCUGUUGCCUCCGUGCAAAUCUUCUCCGGUCUAAGUAUCAGCGUAUCAGAAAGGUCACACGCAUUUUCCACCUUUAUCAGUGUGCCAAAUACAAGAUCGAGAUGAGCGAUCCCCAAGAGAGUAGAAAUCUGUUUUCCCGCACCCUGAUUGAUACCAUCACCAAGGACGCCCUGGAACAGAGCGAUGAUGGCAAGGUUAAUACGGUUUUCUCACCCGCCUCCGUCCAAAGUUGCCUCACCCUGGCCUUCAUGGGAGCCUCCGGGACGACGGCCGAGGAGCUAAGGACUGGACUGCAGCUGGGAUCAGGGGAUCGCCACCACAUUGCCCGCUCCUUUGGAGAGUUCUGGCGGACGAACUGCAACUACGGCGAAAGGGGACCCGUGCUGAAGUCCGUGAACCGGUUGUACGUGAACGAUACCCUGGAACUGCAGCCGGAGUUCAACGAGAUUGCCGUGGACUUCUUCCAGUCGAAGGCGGAGGCGGCUAAGUUCACCGAUUCGGAGGCUGCCACGCAGCAGAUCAACGCCUGGGUGGAGCAGGAGACGGAGCAGAAGAUCAGCAACCUCCUGCAGUCGGACGCCGUGAGCAACGAGACGAGUGCCGUGCUCAUCAACGCCUUGUACUUCAAGGGAAAGUGGCAGAAGCCCUUCAUGCCAGAGACCACGUCCCUGGACGCCUUCCAUGUGGACCAGGACACUCGCGUGGAGGUGAGCAUGAUGUACCAGGAGGACAAGUUCCGGUUCGCCGACCUGCCACAACUGAAGGCUCGGGCCGUGCAGCUGCCCUACGAAUACUCGAACAUCCACAUGCUGAUCCUGCUGCCCAACGAGAUCUCCGGCCUGCGGGAGUUGGAGCUGCAGCUCAACACCGUGGAUCUAGCCGACAUCGACGCGGCCAUGGUCUUACAGGAUGUGGAGAUUUUCCUGCCCCGCAUGAGCAUAGAGUACGAUGUCGACCUCAAGCAAAUACUAAAUCAGCUAGGAAUUGCGGAAGUCUUCAGUGAUAAGGCCCAACUGGACGGCCUCUUUACGUCACGAACUGGUCAGAAGAUCUCGGCGGCAAGGCACCGCGGCUACAUCAACGUAAAUGAGGCUGGAUCGGAGGCAGCAGCCGUCACCUUCAUGAAGAUUGUGCCCAUGAUGCUGAACAUGAACAAGAAGCUCUUCAGGGCGGAUCACCCGUUUGUGUUCUACAUACGCAACUCGCAGGCCGUGUUCUUCGCCGGUCGUUUUGCAAUGCCCGGUUCUGGAUUUCAAGAGGAGGGCGAUGCGAGGGAAGGUUCCGAUGCCAGCAUGUACAAUGUUCAAGAACAGCAGUGAGACCAAAUAAAAAUCAGCUAGGAAAUCCCACUAGAA